AUGUUCCGUCCUGCUACUGCCGUCCUUCUAUUGUUGGCCGCGUCCAGCACAUUUGCUGGAUUUUUCGAUGAUGUUGGAGGCUUAGCCAGUGGUGUGGGAGAUUUUUUCACAAAGCAAUUCAACAAUGUGAAGGAUCUUUUUGCUAAAGAUCAAGAUACUCUUGAGAAGAAUAUCAAUCUGGUAAAGGAUCUAUUGAUUGCCAUUAAGGAGAAGGCUAAGAUGCUGGAACCGAUGGCCAACGAGGCUCAGAAGAAGACAUUAGGGCAGGUGGACAACUAUCUCAAUGAAGUUCAACAGUUCGGCGAUCAGGUAGCCAAGGAGGGUUCUACGAAAUUUGAGGAGAACAAAGGGAAAUGGCAGCAAAUGUUGAACGAUAUCUUCGAGAAAGGUGGACUGGACAGCGUGAUGAAGUUGCUCAAUCUGAAGUCCGGCGGUCGCUGCACGUUAGCCGCUGCACUCGUCGCUCCCGUUGUGCUCGCGUUCAUCCGCUAA